CGCUCAUACUAAUAAUAUUUUUUCAUUUCUCUUUGUCUCCCUAGACUUCAUCAGUUAUUUUUUUUUCCUCUUGUUUUUUAUUGAUACAUUUUGGCAGGGAUGCAAGCGAUCCCCACUACCCUUCCCAACACGGUGUCAGUUUACAAAGAUUGGAGCCCGUGCUUUCUAACAAUACCAACGCCUUUAGACAACACACAUCUCGUUUUACCGACCAACACAUUCUACAGUUACGUUAAAAAAGACCUUGACACGGAUACAAUUUCCAAAUCUACAUAUACGCAACGAAUGACGUGGCGCUGGUCUACGUGGCCCUUAUCACUGUGGCUCGCUCGUCGAAAAGCAGCGGCGAUGUAUACCUGCGUUCGGCCAAAGCGGCAAACCUAUCCACCCUGUUUACGGUUGUGGCAAUAUGAUGUUAAGCGUUGGUCGACUGAAGAUGGGACCAGCCAAAGAUACAGCCGCAGACGUCGGAGGCCAUUGAGCAGUUUGUUCGGACAAUACCCCUUACCCGUUCGAUCGUCAUCAAAUUUCCGGUUCUCAAGAUACUGUAGUAAGGGAUCACCCGAUGAUAUGGAUCACUUUUUAGCGCCGUCUCCCAUUCAGCCCACCGACUCACCGUCUUCCCGAAACAUCGAUCUUCCUAAUCCAUCGUUACCAUGUCACCGCGUUUGGAACGGUCCCAAACGACCGAUCGGAUCCAUUAUCCGCUAUCCUACCAUUUCCACGUUGUCGUCCCAUUCCUCCUCCCUUCAGUCUGCCACUAACGAUGUAACUGAAGAAAAGGUACAUCGAUUUUCCGCCAUGUGGUACGACAAUGAUGGCCGUCUAGGGAAGCAUCGGAUACACGUCGAUAAAUACGGCGUUCACAUUGUCGCGGUGUACCCGGAAUCCACAGUUAAGCGAAAACACCAAUUCAUAGGCAUCCAUCCUGUUUUCCUCUUUCUUUUUGGUUUCAUCCUUUUCCCGUUAUGGUGGAUAGGCGCUUGGAUUCACUGCACAGCUCAAGCAUCAUCCGACAUGCACCAGUGGUUUGGCCGAUUGAACUGCUGGAUGUCUCUCAUCAGUGUUCUCCUAUUUACCAUAAUUUUAGCCAUGGCUCUAUGGUACAAAUUUGCCAAAUAAUAACUUCAACGUACAAACACAUGUGUACACUGCAACAAAUUACGAUCGCUUCUGACCGCAGCCAUUAUUGGACAUAUUCCUCAAGGACUAUUCAUUGGGUGAUCCGUGUCAUGAAGUGGCAGAAGAUAUCAUAGGGAAAUGCCGUAGUUUUCUAAUUUAUUCCCAAAUCUCCAUGUAUUCUCAAGUUCCCAGGAGAAAUCGUGACGCUGCUAUUGCUGGCUUUAAUGUUCGUUUCCUAGCAGUAACUGAUGUCCCAGAAUUUUGCCGGCAAUGGAAAAAAUAAAUAAAUCAGAUUCGCCAGACACUUACUCAAAAGAAAAGCCACCUUGAUUUCACACUUGCUUGCGCGAAGUAUUGCAAUAACCAC